ACGAUCUCGGAUGGAUCGUACCCAAAAGUAAAGCAUCUGAGAUAACGGCUAAGAUCCUUCUUAUCUAUUCAGCCCUUGGUCUGGACAUAGCUUUUGAUAAGCUUCGUGUAUCAUGCACACCUCAUAAUCUGGGGUUCGAGUGGGACCUAAAGUCUCGCUCAGUGCGUGUACCUGAGGAGAAACGCCUCGCUCUCUUAAAACAGUUGAACUCUUUCGUCUCUGCCCCCGGUAGACGGGUAGCGGUACCUCAGGUGGAGCAGUUAACGGGAAGGCUCACCUGGCUGAUGCAAAUUACUCCGCGACUGAAAGCGGCCAUGGCCCCCUUUUACGCCUUACAAGCAGCGGCGAGGAAGCAUGCACUCCGAUAUGUUACUCUGGGGGACCAGAUCUGUCACAGCGCUCAGCUGUAUCUGCGUGUACUUUCAUCUCCACGUCUGUCGGGGACGACUGCCUCUCAGUUGCUCGGCUGGGUAGCCAAGAAGGAUGAUCUUUGCUCAGUCGUCGUAACAGACGCGUCACUAUCAG